GUGGCAAAUGUCGAUUUGUCAACUGACAACGACAGAGUUUUUGAAGAAAUUUUGCAAAAAUAAACAAACUACAAAGACACAAAACAAUCAGAAAAAUUAAAAAAUACCUCGCACGUUUAUUUUUAGAUUUUCUGAAUUGAUUUAAUUCUAGUAGCACAUCCAAUAAUUCAACGACAAUGAAUCAAAUGAACAUGCACGUACCAAUGAAUCCCGUGGGGGCGAAUCCCAACGUGAAUAUGCCUAUGCAGCCCAUGUCAUCGGUAUCCCUGAUACCAUCGCCUCAACAAAUGCAAGUUCAGCAGGCGAUACCACAACAACCUCAACAGGACAAAAUGGAUAACAUUUCCAAAGUCAAAACUUUGAUGGGUUCCUUGCGUGAAUCCUUGCCUAUGACACUAAAGUCUGCAGCUCAAAUUUUACAUCAGAAUUACAAUGUGGAUUCAAGUACACAGAAAGGUAUGGAUAACCCAGUGCCAAGAUUUGACAAAAAUCUAGAAGAAUUCUUUUCUCUUUGUGAUCAAAUGGAACUACAUCUUAGGACUGCAAUAACCUGCAUACAACAAGCGCAAUCCGCGGCACAUUAUCUGCCUCUCAAUGUCAUUCCGUCAAGACUGGACUCUGGAUCGGCUGCACAGGAGACUACUCUCAGCUACCCUCAAUAUUUGAACACAGUCCGACUUCAGAUCUCAUACGCCAAGGACAUCCACGACACGUUAGUCGCAGCUGCACAAAAUAUCUCACCUGCUGAGUGACCAUAGACAAAUGAAACAAUCCAUAGAUUGGUAAAUCAUUUAUUGUAUUAUUUAUAUGUACUAAUUAAGCCUAAUUUAAGCUACAUCAUUAAAGCGUUAUUGAUUUACACGAGA